AGCAAACCUACGCAGUCCAGCAAUAACCAUCGACACUACAAUCAGGAUCCUCAAACAAAGUAGCCUGAAAUCAAUUGAACGCCGAUAACAUGUCUACUUUCAAGAUCGCCUUCAUCGCUUUAGUGUUAGUCGCACUGGGAGCUGUGGCUUCCGGCGAAGACCGCAACUCGGCAAACUAUGACCUGGAGCUUGCUGAGUCUAAAGGAAGGCGUCACAACUACAACAGCUAUCAACAAUCCAGCCAUGGACACAAACAGCAACAACAUGGUUAUAACCAACAUAGCGGACAUGGAAGCCAGCAAAGUUACGGACAUGGAGGGCAAUCCAGCCAUGGAUAUGGUCAGCAACAACACGGAUACAGCCAGCAUAGAGGAUAUGGAACCCAGCAAACUUACCAACAUGGAGGACAAUCCAGCUACGGGCAUGGUCAGCAGCAUCAGGGAUACAACCAACAUAAAGGACACAGCCAGCAAACUUACGGAAGUUAUGGAGGCAAUCCAGGUCAAUCCACCUACGGAUACGGUCAGCAACAACACGCAUACAGCCCACAGUAUGAGAUCAUCAGUGGUGGUACAUACUAAACUCUUGCUAAAUCAGUUAGAGCUCCAAUCCAAGAAAUUGUACGCACAUUAUUUCGGCACAUGGAACGCAUUAUUUUUCUAAAGGGUCAAAAAUAAAUCUAUU